CACCCUCGCGCGGCCCCGCCCCCCGCGCGGCCCCGCCUCGAGCUGGCGGCGCGCGACGCUGAGCGCCGCACUCACCUGGGACACGAGGUGGUCAGCAGCGCAAAAAGGCCUGCGCUCGCGGGAGCUCAAGGAUAUUUGGUCUACUCUUUCACGCCGAUCAGAAGUCUUGGAAGAGACACUGAGAUGGAGGCCGAGCGCAAGGCCAAGGUGACCCAGUGGCAGCAGCAGUCGUACAUGGACUCGGGUAUUCACUCGGGCGCGGGGACGCGCGUGCACUCCAUGCGGCACAUGGACGACGACGACGGGGAAGACUGGGAUCCUGCGUUCGGGCAGCCGCAGCAGCAGGCCUUCAGCAGCCGUCACGAGGUGGAGACGUACUCGAUGACGCGCCAAGUGCGCGGCGGCGUCGGCGGCGGCGGCGUCGGCGGCGUCUUCCCGGACGAGGACGGCCUGCAGAUCGCGUGCGGCCACCUGGACGCGGCGAGCAGCCCCUCGAGCGGCCACCGGCUGGGCGAGCCGGGCCACGCCAUGCGCAGUGCGGUGGACAACCUGCUGAGCUACCAGGACGACCCGGACCUGGGCACGCGCGCCAUCCCCGAGCUCACCAAGCUGCUGAACGACGAGGACCAGGAGGUGGUGCGGCAGGCCGCCCUCAUCGCCCACCAGCUGUCGCAGAAGGCCGGCGGGCAGCGCGCCAUGGUGAACUCGUCGGCGCUGGUGGCGGCGCUCGUGCGCACCAUGCACAACACGAGCGACAUCGACACGGCCACGCACACGGCCGGCACGCUGCACAACCUGGCGCAUGACACGCCCGGCCGCCUCGCCAUCUUCAAGUCGGGCGGCAUCCCCGCCCUCGUCAAGAUGCUCAGUUCUCCCGUGGAGUCGGUGGUCUUCUACUCGAUCACCACCCUGCACCACCUGCUGCUCAACCAAGAGGGCAGCAAGAUGGCCGUCCGUCUGGCUGGCGGCCUCCAGAAGAUGGUGGCCCUUCUCAACCGCACCAACGAGAAGUUCCUGGCCAUCACCACCGACUGCUUGCAGAUCCUUGCCUUCGGCAACCAGGAGAGCAAGCUGGUCAUCCUGUCGAGCGGUGGCCCGGCAGCGCUGGUGCAGAUCCUGCGGACUCACACCUACGAGAAGCUGCUGUGGUCCACCAGCCGGGUGCUCAAGGUCCUGUCCGUUUGCCCCCAAAAUAAGCCAGCCAUCGUGGAGGCCGGAGGCAUGCAGGCCCUGGCUUUGCACAUGAACAACCCCAGCCCACGUCUCGUGCAAAACUGCUUUUGGACCCUGAGGAACCUGUCCGACGCGGCCACAAAGCAGGAGGACAUGCAGGAGCUGCUGCACAUGCUUGUGGAGGCGCUGAGCUCUCGGGACUUGAGUCUGGUGACGUGCGCCGCAGGGACGCUCUCCAACCUCACCUGCAACAACUCCAACAACAAACUCGCAGUCUAUCAGAUGGGCGGCAUCGAAGCUCUGCUGAACACCGUGGAGCACAUGGGCGGGCACGAGGACAUCCUCGAGCCGGCCGUCUGCGCCCUGCGUCACCUGACCAGCCGGCACCAGGACGCCGACAUGGCCCAGUCUGCCGUGCGCGAUAGCAUGGGGCUGCCCCUCGUGGUGAAGCUGCUGCAGCCGCCCUCCAACUGGCCGUUGAUCAAGGCCGAUGUGGGGCUCAUCCGGAACCUGGCGCUGAGCUCGGCGAACCAUGCUCCGAUGCGCGACGAGGGCGUCGUCCAUCGUCUCGCACAGCUGCUGAUUCGAGCUCACCAGGACACCCUGCGCACAGCCUCAGGGACUCUCCCCCAGACCGUGGACGGGAUCCGGAUGGAUGAGAUCGUGGAGGGCUGCACGGGCGCGCUGCAGAUCCUCGCCCGUGACCCCACGAGCCGCACGCUCAUCACCAGCCUCAACGUCAUCCCCAUCUUCGUGCAGCUCCUCUUCUCCCCGAACGAGAACGUGCAGCGCGUGGCGACGGGCGUGCUGUGCGAGAUGGCGCAGGACAAGGACGCGGCCGACGCCAUCGACGCCGAGGGGCCCAACCCCAUCCUCACCGAGUUGCUGCACUCGCGCAACGAGGGAGUCGCCACGUACGCGGCCGCCGUGCUGUUCCGCCUCUCUGAGGACAACCCGCAGGACUUCCAGAACCGCUUCUCGUCCAGCUCGCUCUUCCGGCCGGACAACCAAAGCUGGCAGCAGGAAGGCGGUGAAAUCGACUUGAUGAUUCCUGCUGAGUAUUAUCAAGACGGUGCCCUGCUCCCCGCACGCUACCCCAGCCACGCUCCAGCCCCUCCCCCCGGUGCUACCCCCUACCCCUCUUCCCACGCUGGCUCCGAGCACGGCUUGGCCUAUCCCUCCGCUGGCGGGGGAGGGUUCUCCGACGGCGAUCUGUUCUGGGCCAUGUCCGAGCUGACACGCGCGGGGUCCAACUACGCCUCCGAGCCUCCCACCCCCGGCAGCGUGUUCGCCGCUGGCCCGGCGUCUCAGGCCGUGCCCGAUCGCCGGGGCUUGCCUCACGACGGCCACUAGCGGCCCCUCAACCCGCUCUCUGCAGGUGAAGUGGAGGCGUGGUGAGGAGGGGACUGGACGGACCACCGAGGACGAGAGGACGGAUCUGGCCACGAUUGCAACCCAAAUGAAUGGUCUCCCUCCUGCUACUAUAAAAACCAUAAUCGCCCAUGGCAAAAUCAAACAUGCAGUAGACACUUGUGAAUGGUAUUCAAUCAGCGGAGGGGGGGUUAGCCUUCGAAUAUUAGGAUGCACACGCACACCUGCAUUCACAACCAGAAGUGUUUUCUGCUGUACGCUGCAGCAUUGAAUUGACCUUUAUUUGGCAUUCAGAAAGCACGAUUUUCGUUCCAAAAGCUUGUUUGGAAUAGAUAUAAUUGGCAGGUAAUGGCAUCAAGAUUGCUUGUGUAAUGUGAUACUGCAUUCCUGAAAGUGCCAAACAAGUAAUUGUACAAUAAUAUCCUCUGCACUUUUAAUGCCAUCUGCAAGCUGUCAUCUGUUGCCUGCAGUGGUUAUGCUAAUGACGAAAAAUGCAGGCAGUGUGCCUCCUAAUGUUCCUGGAUAUAUGUAGAGUUUAACGUGAGUACCAUAUUGGGAAUUUUGCCACGGAAUUGUCCCGAGUGUUGUAGUUGGGCUCAUGCCAGUCAGAGCACACUGUCGGCACCGCCGACAUCCUGGGUUCACAUCCCGGCAAACAACUGUUGUUGAACAAGGCACUUCAUGUUUAGCGAGCCUGUGGAAUCCCCCCAGUCACCAAUCGCUGCAGAUGUCUUAUCUUCAACUCGCCUGCUAUUUUAAAUGCCUUAUCCGCAGAAUAGUGGUCCUGAGCCCCAUAGAAGAUCAGUCGGUUGAACACACAGCUCAAGAGCGCAAUCUUGAGAUUUGGAUGAGAUGGACCCUUGAAGGAUAUUAAGUGAAGAUCUAUGAUAUGACAUGGAUUUGCUGUGUAGAGUGAGCUCUGUAAAGGAAAAUUGCUUCACUCGUUUUUUUUGCCGAUAGCACAAUUGAGAUGAAAAAAAAACGAAGUGCCCCUCCCGCCCCCUUCCUCAAGCAAGGGAUGGGGGUGGCGCUUGCCUCGAUCCGUGGCCCUGAGUUGCUGGUGGUGAUGGGCGGCCUGGUCUCCAAAGCAUGGCCACGAUUGACUUUCCAUGAAGUGGUUCUUAUUUUAUGGAUGCUGGAGGAAAGAUGGACUGAGUCACCCCCCCACCACCACCACCACCUAAUACUACCAGGUGAAGUAUGCUGACCACAGCACCACUCGGCAGUUGGUAAAUCAUGAAACGUGGAACAGUAAAGGGAACCAGUUGACAGGGCACUUGUGCCAGCGAGAAUAUUAGUAGGGCUUCGCGGGUUAUUUGUUAUCACCAGAUUGCUUUAGUCAUCGCAAACGCAUCACGUGGAAUUUGCCGUAAUAACGUUUUAGCACACAUGCAGUUGCUUUGCACACCAAAAUAGGUGUGGGGUGAGGGAUGCGUUCGAGUAGUUACAAAAUCGUUCUCUGGGCCGGUUUUGUCCGUGGGUCAUGUUGUAGGGCACUUCUGGAGUUUAUUUUUGUUUGACAUGCUAAUUGAUGAGUAGUGCAUUUAGCCACUGCCUUCCCAGACAAGAGGCCAGAUUUUAAGGUGAUCAGUUUCUUUUUUUUAGGUGAAAACGUCCCCCAACGUCUCAAUUCCAGGGGAGCGUGGGGUCGUCGUCAUCACUCGGAAUCGAUGCUCCGCGCUGUUGGAUUAAGGCAAAGAGACGAAUAUUUGUUACGUGGACUCUACCAAUAAUGUGUCUUGGGAAAGCUUUCAAAUUUUAGAGAGGUGACUUUUGGGUUUUAUAUAAAAUUCUGUUUUAUCUGCCUAUAUGUUGAUACAAAAGAUGAUGGUAUGUUAAAUGUCAUUUUAGUUAUUUUUUUUCAGUUGCUUUUGUUAAGUUUGUAAAGCCUGUGGUUGUGUGCAUUCCUAAUAAAGAAUCUGCUCAUUCUA